AUGGCGCAGCCCAUCCGUCUCAAAACCGCCUCGUCCCACCCUUCCGCAGCCGCGACCGCUUCCCACAGCGCACGCGAAUCCUCCUCGAGCGCCAUCACAAAGAAUGUCGUCGUCCUGGGAGGCAGCUACGGAGGCAUGCACGCCGCCACCGUCCUCGCACAGCGCCUGCCCCCCUCUCACAGGCUCAUCCUCAUCGAGAGAAACAGCCAUUUCAACCACCUCUACGUCUUCCCCCGCUUCUCGGUCCUGCCCGGCCACGAGCACAAGGCCUUCAUCCCAUACACAUCGAUCUUCAAGAACGCACCAGCCAGGCCAAGCGCUCGCUCUCGCGCCGGCAAGAAGGCGGCUGCGGGCGCCGCCACCCCUACAGCCAACCGGCAGGCAAGGACCAUCAACGGCUCGGUGCCUACCACUUCCGGCUCGGCUAGCAACGCCCUCGAGAUGGGAGGGGCAGGAGCGGGUCCCUCGGCUUCCAACUCCCGGGCCAGCGUCUUGAAGAAGUUCGCGGAGACCCCGGUGGUCCAGGACGCCCUCGACGGCGCCGACGACGAGUCGCUCGCCCUCCCCCGAGGCCGUAGAGACGAGGGUCGACCGGCGUCUGGCCGCGCCCACACUCUCAGCCGGGACAGCCGGUACUCGAGCAACGCCACGCUCAGCAGCUCCUCGGACUCGGACCUGAGCGGCGAGUCGCAGUCGGCCACCGCAUCCACCAUGGCCAGCUCUUUUACCAGCAAUGGCGCCGCUCUCGAGUCGGGCAUGGCCGGCCUCAAGGAUCCGGGCAACAAGGCCAUCGAGGCCGAGAUUGCCAACUCGGCCCCUCUGGCAAGGCGGGAAGAGGAACUGGGUCGGCCAGAGAUGGAGAUCACCGAGCUCAGCGAGGCCAUUGACAAGGGGCUCGACGUCGGACAAGACACGGCCGAGACGGCGGCGGGUCCGGACGCUCCUCUGGAAGAUCUGGAGCAGCAGAACGAGGAAGUGGCCGAGGGGUUCGAGGAGUCGGCGCCCCAUGUCGUGCUGCAGGCGACCGUCACCGACAUCUCGCCCACCCACAUCACCGUCACGCCGACCGACGCCUCGGAUGAGCAGCUGGGCCAGCUCGGCGGCAAGCGCAAGAAGAGCCUCUGGUCCAUCGACAGCGUGACGAUCCCGUACACGCACCUUGUGUACGCCCUCGGCUCGCACCUCCCCGAUCCGCUGCGCACCGACGCGCGCUUCAAGCGGGACGGAAUCAACUGGAUGCGAGAGAUCCAGCAGCGGGUCAAGGCAUCCAACGAGAUCGUCCUUGUAGGCGGUGGAGCGCUGGGCGUCGAGUUCGCCACCGACAUCGCGAGCAUCUACCCGCACAAGUCGGUCACGCUGAUCCACAGCCGCAAGCAGCUGCUGCCCAACUUUGACGAGCGCGUUCACGAGCUCGCCUACGGGCGACUCAAGGCGCUAGGCGUCAACGUCAUCCUCGGCGAGCGCCUCGCGCUGACCGAAGGGUGUCCGCGCGGCUCGACCGUCAAGGAGACGGCGCAGAGCCAGAGCAAGCCAGAGGUCUGUGUGGCCGGCGACGACAAGGGCGAGGGCGUCCAGGCGCAUGCCGAGGGGAUGUGCGUCGGGUCCGGUCGCAAGCUGGUCAAGACGACGGGCGGCCGCUCGUUUGAGUGCGACCUGCUGCUGCUCUGCACGGGGCAGCAGCCCAACUCGUCGCUCAUGGCCAACCUCUCCCCGAGCUCGGUGGAUCCCUCGUCGCGCCUCAUCCGCGUCCACCGCACGCUGCAGGUGGCCGUCCCCGACCCGCGGGAUGCGGCGCAGCAGCCGUUUGAUGCGCGACCACCGUGCGGCGACUGCGACUGCUUCCUCGACAAGAAGGCGGCGGGCGCCGAGAUUUCCCGGCAGGAGCAGGGCCACUUGCUGAUGCACGGCACCGAUCCGGAGCACGAGCCGGGCAAGAUCAGCAACGUCUACGCCAUCGGCGACUGCGCGGAUGCGUUUGGCGCGCUCAACGCCGGCUACCAGGCGUGGGGCAUGGCCGACAUUGCCGCCGAGAACAUUCUGCGAGAUAUCGAGGCCAAGAAUGCCGCGCUCGCGUCCGCUCUCUCUGCCUCUUCGUCGUCGUCGUCGUCGUCUUCAGAGACGAGCCGGCCUUCUUCGCCCACGUCACCGGACUUGGUCGAGUUCAACCCUCCGCCCAACAUGCUCAAGCUCUCGCUCGGGUUGGGCAAGAUGGUGGCGCAGGGCGGUGUCGUGACUCAGGAGAUGGUGGACUCGUGCGAUGCCGAGAGCCGACGUGUCGAGGCCAACGAGGACGGCGUCGUGGUCGACGGCAAGGUUGUGGGCCGACCCGACAUUUCCGUCAAGUUUGAUCCGGACGACCUCGGCGUCGAGGGUGUGUGGUCGUUCAUGGCCAACGUCGAUCCCUCGGACAUGCAUGUAUGA